CAUUCAGUUCUUGGUUAGCCUCAACAGCUAGCCAUUGAUCCCUAGUAGAUCGACUCCAUUGCCAUGGAGCAGCUCACGUACUACCUGCACCUCUUCUGUGUCCUCCUCCUCCCUCUCUUGCUUCUCAAGCUCAAGAGGCGCGACGGCGACAACGGCCUGAGGCUGCCGCCGGGCCCGUGGCGGCUGCCGGUCAUCGGCAGCCUCCACCACCUGCUCCGCAGCCCGCUUCCCCACCGCGCCAUGGCCGACAUCGCGCGCCGGCUCGACGACGCGCCCCUCGUCUACCUCAAGCUCGGGGAGGUCCCCGUCGUCGUGGCGUCGUCCCCGGACGCCGCCCGCGAGAUCAUGAAGACGCACGACGUCAACUUCGCCACGCGCCCAUGGACCCCGACGAUGAAGGUCUUCGUCGUCGACGGGGAGGGGCUCGUGUUCGCGCGCUACGGCGCGCUGUGGCGGCAGCUCCGCAAGAUCAGCAUCCUCGAGCUCCUCAGCGCCCGCCGCGUCCAGUCGUUCCGCGGCGUCCGGGAGGAGGAGGUCCGCCGCCUCGUCGCCACCGCCGCAGCCGCCGGCGAGGCCGCCGUGAACGUCAGCGAGCGGAUCGCCGUGGUCAUAACGGACACGGCCGUGCGCUCCAUGAUCGGCGACAGGUUCGAGAGGCGGGAGGAGUUCCUGGAGAACCUCGCGGAGGGGAUAAAGAUCAGCUCCGGGUUCAACCUCUGCGACCUGUUCCCGUCCUCGAGGCUCGCGAGGCUCGUCGGCGGCUCGGAACGCCGGGCGGCGGCGAACCACCGCAAGAACACUGAGCUCAUGGACUACGCCAUCAAGCAGCACGAGCAGCGGAGGGCGACCAUGGCCGCGUCUGCGGACGGCACCGUGGAAGGGGAGGACCUGGUGGACGUGCUCCUGAGGGUUCAGAAGGAAGGUGGACUCGAGGUGCCGCUCACCAUGGGAAUGAUCAAGGCCGUCAUCCUUGAUCUUUUCGGUGCUGGGAGCGAGACAUCGGCAAAUACGCUCCAAUGGGCCAUGUCGGAGCUCGUCAGAAACCCAAAGGUGAUGCAGAAGGCACAAGCCGAGGUACGCGAGAAGCUUCAAGGGAAGCCAACGGUGACCGAAGAUGACUUGGCCGACUUGAGGUACAUCAAGCUCAUCAUCAAGGAGACCCUAAGGCUGCAUCCGGUGGUGCCAUUGCUUCUCCCAAGGGAGUGCCGCGAGUCAUGCAAGGUCAUGGGGUACGAUGUCCCCAAGGGAACCACCGUGUUCGUGAACGUUUGGGCGAUCAACAGAGACCCCAAAUACUGGGACAAUCCUAUGACGUUCAGACCGGAACGAUUUGAGGCUGGUACAGUUGAUUUUAAGGGUACAGACUUUGAGUACACGCCAUUUGGGGCAGGACGGAGGAUGUGCCCCGGCAUGGCGUUUGCACAGGCAAGCAUGGAGCUUGUGCUCGCCGCACUCUUGUACCAUUUCGACUGGGAGCUGCCGGGUGAGAUGCUGCCGAGCGAGUUGGACAUGGCGGAGGAGAUGGGCAUCACCGUCCGAAGGAAGCACGACCUUUACCUGCGUCCAAUUGUCCGUGUGCCACCACAUGUGGCACCAUAGAUGCGUUACACGUCUUUGUCACCGUAGCCUCUCUUGCUUUUCACGCCAUGUACGUGCAGGAGGAGUUUGCGAGCUGGCUGUGACUUGACUAAUAAGUACACGCAGCAUGAUAUUGUUUUCCUUUGUGAAACACUGAUGAUGAGGAGACAUGUUGUGUGUUGAAGUGCCAUGAGUAAUGUCGUUAA